AUGUACUGGGUCUCCAAGCUCCUUGCCCUCGCGGCGACAGGUGCUUUGGGGACGAAUGCGAUGGAGGCCUCGAUCUUCAAGUUCCCCUCGGACCUUCCCUUGGACUCAGGAUCUGUGACAGUUUCUGAAGAUUUCGCGCAGCUCGCUUUGAAGAUACGCGUGGAAUCUUCUCUAGCAUCGGUUCUUCGAGGCAUGGAGACUGAAGCGGAUCGCCUGGACCAAUUUGCCGAUACCCAAUUGCCUCUUUUCGGUAGCAAUUACGAAAUACCUGGCAAGAGUUUGGUUAUUUUAGAAGGAUAUGAUGGGGAAACCGACAUGAGCAUGCGCAAGAAGCAAUUACCCAAUCUUUUCGUUCCUAGUGCCUCUUACGACUUGAUCAACGAGCCGUUCACAUCGCUUGUGGAAGGCGACAAUAAAGGGAGCCACUGCACGUACCACAAGGGCGAUGGCAAAACGAAGUCUACUUGGACCGCCAAAGACUGUCUUUUCAAGAACCCAGUUCUUUCUCUCGGUCAGAACUUGUUCGAUCAUGAUCUUUUGGAUCUUAUCGAUUCGUUAGAGACAUGGGUGAGCAAGGAUCAAAAGACAACCGCUACCCGGUUAUCGUUCAAGGCCGCAUCCGAUGAUAAAAUUCGCCAUAUCAAACCUUUGGAGUCGAUUUUCCAGUAUUUGGCCAAGUUAUCUUCCGCCGACAAGUGGGAUGUUACAGCUGUGAUCCUUACCGGCUCGGAGCACGAUUCGGAAGCCCGUAGGAAUAUUUCCCAGCGUGACGAGAAUUGGGCGGAAACAUUCUCAUCUGCGUCCGAGGCACAGAAUGACCUUCGAGACCUGUCUCUGCACUCGAACCUCGCCCCUGUCUGCCAUACUUCCAACUCAUCUUGUGCAGAGUCAACUAACAACUGCUCUGGACAUGGGUACUGCUACCUGAAAUUUACAUCUGGUGGCGAAGCUACCACCGGCAACUGUUAUGCAUGCCGCUGCCAACAGACCGUGGUGCGGAAAAAGGAUGGCACUACCCAGAAGGUCCAGUGGGGUGGGCCAGCGUGCCAGAAAAAGGAUAUCAGCUCACCAUUCUUCCUGAUUGCCGGAGUUAGCGUCUUUGCUGUCAUCAUGAUCAGUAGCGCGGUUGGAAUGUUGUUCAGCAUGGGUCAGCAAGAGCUGCCUAGCGUGAUUGGGGCUGGAGUAGGCGGGUCGAAAGCGCAGACAUGA